UGUAGAGACCGGGUAUAUAAUCGCCGCCGCUAUCUUGGCAAGUCACUGACUGUAUUGUACUGUCAUUGUCUCAUCAUGAGGACCUCCGUAGCCGUUGCUUCCCUUGCCAUCGUCGCCCUCGCCAUCCUGGGCACCACCUCUGCUAACUGCGUUAAAACAGUUGUAGGAGUUGGUGUGCCUGUAGAGAAGUACAGCGCCAGCGUGAAGAACGCUGCCUCCAACUCUGACGCCAAGACUGCUGAAGCCAACAAGGAAGACGAGGCUUACACUGAUGGCAUCGUCAAGUACGCUAGGGGAUCCUCCAACACUGCCACCAGCCAGGACAAGGACAGCGCUCAGUCCUCCGUCAAGGAAGUCGACGCCAAGGGAAUUGACGGCAGCUCAUACAAGGCCAAGUCCGCCUCAAUGAAAACCGCCUCUCUGGAAGCUAACUCCAAGACCCACAAUUCCUACGAGUCCGUAGGACUCGCCAGCCCCUGCGCUUAGAGGACAGUUCAUUCUCAGAUUGUUUGGAACUCAGAAUAAACUAAAGCAAAAAUA